ACAUUGACAAUAUAACAUUGUCUCAUUUUCAACCAAGAAACGUAUAAGAUAAACUAUAUGAUCUCUAUAUAUUAGUAUUUAUCUGUUUUUUAAUCUUUAAAUGACUCUGAGAAGUUGCACACAGCUUUGCUCAUUUGAAAACGUGUGACCUCAGUUCUACAAUUGUUAAGAUAAAAGAUUUGAUGAUGAAUAAUAUUUUUCAUGUUUAGAAAUUAGAAGUUCUGUUGAAUCACAGUCAACAGUGUCAUUUGAUUUGAUUUAUUUUAGUUAGCCUGCAUAUAUUUUAGGACAGGGAAAGUCUUAAAGGCAAAUGCAGUCCAGUUCAUUACUACUUGAUUCUGGAUUAAAAAUGUUUCCAUGUUAAAAAUACAAAAUAAAAUUUUAAUUUACAUUUUCUCUUAUAAAGCAACACUACAUUCAGUGAAGGAGCAGACCCUGAGCUGAGGAGAUGCGACUCGGACACUUAUCAGUGUCCGAUCUGCACAAAAAAGGGGAGCUAUGCAAAGCUUGUGUCCCAUCUGCAGGGACACCAAAGGUCAAUGGUGGAGUACGGUGGAAAGGGCCCAACAAGCCCAACAGAAGCGACGCGAGGCAUGUUGUCUGUUAACCAGUGUAAUCACAGAGGAUCAGGGCAUGCUGCAACACCUUAAAAACAUCAUCACAGGCAACACGGUGUCUCCUUGGGCCAAGAAACAGGACAGGGUCAUCCUUCUUUUUGAAGAUGAUGAACCAGAGGACAAAGUCAUGCACUUCUUGUCUGAAGUACUCGAACGUACUGAGACAGACAAGAAGUCUGCAGAUCCAGUGGCGUUUGUAAUGGAUGUACUUUUGCCAGAGGCAACAGUAUACGCCCUCGGAGCUGUUCACACCAUCUCCCUGGACAAAGCCAAGGAGAUGUACAUGCGUGGCACAGAGUUUGACUCAAGCGAGAUAACCCAGCUUGGGGAACAGCUUCAGAGCCACAUUUCCUCAAAAGCGAGGCAGAAACUGGAUAGCUUCCUGAGCAAUUACAAGAAAGCCUUGGAGUGUGAGGAAUUCCUCAGGCGCCUGUAAUCCCUGGGUAGUGAAUGUGUCUGCUGGAUAGUCUGUUGUGUAUAAAAUAAAGAAAAUAUAUCAUUCA